AUGGCGACACCCACCCCUCCGAACGGAUCAGACGCAGUUGGCCAGGUGCCGACAGGCAUGAUUCGCCCCCCCAAGGAGCUCCACGACACGAUCGAGAAGACCGCAGGCUACGUCUCCCGCAACGGCAAAGUCUUCAUCGAGCGCCUUCGCGCAAACCACCGCACCAACCCGAAGUUCUCAUUCGUUUUCGAAGAAGACCCUUUCCAUGCUUACUUCCAGUGGCGCAUUGAGGAGCACAAGAGUGGACGCGGAGCUCAGCUUGGCGCGGGACAAGUAGGAGCGGAUGGCGUUGUUCAGCAAACCAAGCCUUCGGGCCCCACUGAGCCACCGGAGUUCCAUUACUCUGCACGUAUGCCAAACAUCAACGCGCAGGAUCUCGACGUCAUCAAACUGACCGCUCGUUUCGCUGCGAAGAACGGACGUGCCUUCACCACCCAGCUCGCCCAGCGCGAGGCCAGCAACUCGCAGUUUGACUUCCUUCGCCCUCAGCACAGCUUGAAUCAGUUCUUCAACCGCCUGGUCGAGCAGUACAAGGAGCUCUUGUCGGGUGAAAAUGAGGAUGAGCGCAAGGCACAACUGGAGGAGAACGUGAGGAACAAGCUGAACAUGCUUGAGAAGGCCAAGGCACGCGCGGAGUGGACCAAGUUCCAAGAGAAACAGCGUCAAGAGAAGGAACAAAAGGAUGAGGAUGAGCGGGUCGCCUACGCUGAGAUCGACUGGCACGACUUCGUCGUCGUCGAGACAGUCCUCUUCACCGACGCCGAUGAGCAGACGGAGCUGCCACCUCCGACCUCUCUUAACGAUCUGCAGAGUGCCUCGCUGGAGCAGAAGGCUGCCAUGUCCCUUCGUCCCCACAACAUGCGUAUUGAGGAAGCAAUGCCCGAUGAGGACCUCGCCCAGUGGGCUCAGCCUACUCCCACAGUCCACACACCCCAGCCGCAGGUUUUGCCGUACCAGCCUCAGCCUCAGGCAACAUACGCAACUGGUCACGGUCCCCAGCGCACGGCACAAGAGGAAGAGGAGGAACGCAUCAUCCGCGAGAGGAGGGAACAUAUGGAGAGGGCACAGCAGGCCCAGGCCGCUGCCAAGGCCGGUCCUCCGCAGAUGAAGAUCAGGAGCGACUACGUGCCGAGAGCCCAGGCCAAGCGCAAGGCUACUACACAGGUUCCUUGCCCGAACUGCAACCAGCUUAUCGACGUCGACGAGCUCGAGCAGCAUAUGAAGAUCGAGCUCCUCGAUCCUCAGUGGAAGGAACAAAAGGCGAAGGCCGAUGCUCGCUUCUCCACCAGCAACCUGUCGACGCAAGAUGUCGCAAACAAUCUCAAACGACUUGCCAGUCAGCGCGACGAUAUCUUCGAUCCGACGACCGGGGCCCGCAUCACUGCCGAAGAGGAAGCCAGGAGAAAGAGGGCAGCCACCGGCUACGAUGGACAGCCUACGAACGCAGAUGCGGCCCAGAUGGCUCAGAUGCAGGGUAUGAACAUUCAGGAACAGAUCCGCCAGAUCCAUCAGAAGUUCAAGCAGUGA